AUGGAGAUGCACUUUAUCUGCAAAAAAUGCAAAAAGGCGUUUCGAAAGGACAUGACAAAGUAUGAAGAGAGCGACGAGUAUUGUCCAAAUUGCGAUAAUCACUACGUCAUCGAUGCAAAGACGCCGCAGCAGGUGGUCGGCCUAGAGGCAGAGGAUCUACGUGUGGACUCGAGGAUUGUAAAAGACGAGCGGGAGCAUCGGAAGAUGAAGGAGAUUGAUCUUUCUGAGCUGCUAGACUGA